GGUGGGGGUGGAGAGGAGGGACAGUGGCGGUCCACGUCAGGUUAGAGUCUGCGGACCUCGCGGGUCGUACCUCGGGCGCCCGCGAUUAGAUAACCCGAGUGUGGGGGCCCAGGUUUCCCCAGCCUCCCGGGGCCGGUUCUUGGCUGAAUGGCUGAGCAGGCGGCGCUAGGACCCCCGGGCAGAGCCUCGGGCAAAGGAGUCAGGAGGGAAAUACCUUACAUGGUGCCCCCGCGGUCAUCCUCUGAGCCCGCUGCCCAAAAUAGCCCCCGGCAUCCGCCGGCCCGCCUCCGGGCCGGGAGAUGGCUGCUCCUUCUGACCCCGCGGGAUUGGGUGCGCCCUGGAGACCCGCAUGCCUGGAGCCCCCUCCCACCCGCUUCCACCGGGUGCACGGUGCCAACAUCCGCGUGGAUUCCUCGGGGACGCGGGCCACCCGCGUGGAGAGCUUCGCCCACGGUGUGUGCUUCAGCCGCGAGCCGCUGGCCCCUGGCCAGGUUUUCCUGGUGGAGAUCGAGGAGAAAGAGCUGGGCUGGUGCGGGCACCUGCGCCUCGGCCUGACCGCGCUCGACCCCGCCAGCCUGGCCGCGGUGCCUGAGUUCUCAUUGCCCGACCUGGUCAGCCUCGGCCACACCUGGGUCUUCGCCAUCACUCGCCACCACAACCGGGUGCCCCCAGAGGGCCGCCCGGAGACGGAGGCAGUGGUACUCAGCCGACCCCCGGCCCUCCUGGCUGAACCCUAUCUGUGUAUUGAGCAGUUUCGCAUUCCCCGGGACCGCCUAGUGGGCCGCAGCCGGCCUGGGCUCUACAGCCACCUCUUGGACCAGCUCUACGAGUUGAACGUGCUGCCCCCGACCGCGCGCCGCAGCCGCCUGGGCGUUCUCUUCUGCCCCCGCCGCGACGGCACCGCCGACAUGCACAUCGUCAUCAACGGCGAGGACAUGGGCCCUAGCGCUCGGGGGCUGCCAGCCACCCAGCCCCUCUACGCAGUGGUGGACGUGUUCGCCUCCACCAAGAGCGUGCGUCUGGUGCAGCUCGAGUAUGGCUUGCCGUCCCUGCAGACUCUGUGCCGCCUGGUGAUCCAGAGGAGUGUGGUGCACCGGCUGGCCAUCGAUGGGCUUCAUCUGCCCAAAGGACUGAAGGAUAUCUGCAAGUACGAGUGAAGUCCCAUGCCAUCCUGGCCCAGGGCCACAAGAGCUGUGGCUGGUCUGGAGCUGGCCACACGGCUGCCAGCCAGGACCAGAAAUAAACACAGCCGAUGCGGACACUCUGA